AUGGCGCUGGAACUUUUUCACCAGCUGAAUCACAUAUGGCCAAUGGUUGCCGUCGGUCUGGUGACAGUUUUAGCUGUUGCUUUAUUAAGCAAAGCCAUCAAGUUCAUCAAAUUGUUCAGGUAUUUCCAGGAGUUUCCUGGAGAGUCCAGUUACUCCAUCAUCUCCGGGAAUCUUCACAUGCUUCCGAAGACUAGCGAAGGAAGGAUAGCAUACGGCCGUAACAACAUGGACAGCAAGAACCCAAAGUAUGUACGUUUCUGGUCAGGACCUGUCCGGCCAUCUAUAGUAGUCUAUCAUCCAGAGACGGUCAAGGCCAUUCUCAAAUCUUCAGCCCCCAAAUCUCGUGGCUUCGGCCAGAUCUAUGAACACGCCAUCCCCUGGAUCGGAGAAGGCUUGAUUUCUUCCAACGGAGCCAUCUGGGCCAGGUCAAGGAGAUUGCUGACACCAGCAUUUCACUUUGACAUUCUGAAGCCUUACAUUGAAGUCUACAACAAGGCAGCUGACAUAUUGUUUGAGAAACUGGAUCAGUAUGCAAAGUCUGGAGAAAGCUUUGAUAUAUGCCCUCUGUUGACCUUGUGUACCCUGGAGGUGAUUCUGAAAUGUGCCAUGAGUUAUGAGGGAGAUGUUCAACGACAAGGGCCGAAUGAGUAUGCCAAGGCUUCUACAGAGCUUACCCAGGCUUGGGCCCUAAGAUCAAGGACCCCAUGGCUGUGGCCGGACUUUAUUUUCCGUCUCACUCCGACUGGACGUAGAUUUUAUAAGAACUGUGAUUAUGUACAUAAAGUAGCAGAGGAAGUCAUUGCCAAACGAAAGGAGCUGAUUGAACGAGAAGGUCGACCCAAAGGUCGCCACCUAGACUUUCUGGACAUUCUGUUGACAGCUAGAGAUGAAGACGGCCAGCCAAUGACCUUACUCGAGAUCAGAAAUGAAGUGGACACAUUCAUGUUUGCAGGUCAUGACACCACAGCUGCAGGAGCCCCGUGGAUUCUCUAUUGUUUUGCUAAACAUCCUGAGUACCAGACACAGGUCCAGGCAGAGCUGGAUGAAGUCUUAAAAGGCAGAGACUCUGAUCAUAUUGAAUGGUCUGAUCUCCCUAAACUGAAGAUGCUCAACUUAUGUAUCAAGGAGUCAUUUCGUCUGUACCCUCCUGUGCCAUUUAUUCAGCGGUUGCUGAGUGAACCGCUGGAGAUUGGUGGCAAGUUGCUGCCUGCAGGAACAAAUGUGACCAUCCCCAUUAUCCAUCUACACAGAAAUGCACUAGUCUGGGAAGCUCCUGAUGAAUUCAGACCUGAACGCUUCCUUCCAGAAAACACCAAGGACAGAGACAGCUUUGCCUUCACACCUUUCUCUGCAGGCUCGAGAAACUGUAUAGGACAAAACUUUGCCCUGAACGAAGAAAAAGUAUUGAUCGCCAGAAUAUUGUACAGAUACAAAGUAGAACUUGCUGAUGAUGGACCUCCUGUUGAAAGAAUGGUCACAGCGGUGCUAAAAGCUGAACAUGGAAUUCACCUUCGGCUCCAGCUGAGAAAUGUUUGA